GUGGAAUCCGUCCUGUAUAAUUUAGUAGUGAUUAUAUUCGCUAGUGCGUCAAUGCUAAGCAUUGGGAUUGCUCGUGUUAUAGUAGUAAAUAGAGUAUUCAAUUUGAGGAUGACUUCCACCAAGAUGUCCUAUGAGGAUGCUGUUCAGAAGUUAAACUUGCUUCAGUCUAAUAAAUCCACUAUUGACCAAAUUCGAAAAGGCCUUAGAAAUGGUGAAAAAUGUAAUAACCUAAAAGAUAUGGAAAACUAUUUAUCACGAACAGGAGUCACCAUGUCUAUGUUAGACACUCUGUCUGUCAUACAUGUGGCAGGCACCAAGGGCAAGGGUUCAACUAGUGCCAUGUGUGACUCUAUACUACGUUCAUAUGGAUUCCGUACUGGUUUUUACUCAUCUCCACAUCUUGUAGCUGUCAGGGAGAGAAUACAACUUGAGGGACAAAUACUUUCUAAAGAAAAAUUUGCUUAUUACUUUCACCAGGUGUAUGGAUCUCUCUCGGCUACACAGGCUUUUGAAGGUGAUAUGCCCAAAUAUUUUAGUUUCUUAACAGUUUUGGCCUUCAAUGUAUUUCUGAAAGAGAAAGUAGAUGUAGCUAUUAUUGAAGUGGGUAUUGGUGGUGUAGUUGAUUAUACUAAUGUUUUAAGAAAGGUUCCAGUUGUGGGUAUAACUCCAUUGGGCUUGGAUCAUACAUCAAUACUAGGUAAUACAUUGCCCGAGAUUGCAGCUGCAAAGGCUGGAAUAAUGAAACCUGGCUGUGAAGCAUAUACCGUCCACCAAGCCCCAGAGGCGAUGGAUGUCUUAGAAAAAGUUGCAAAAGACGUUAAGUGUUCUCUAAAUAUAGUUCCUGAACUUAGUUCUUAUAAAUAUGAAAACGGGCUCAAGCUCUCCAUAUAUUUAGAAGCCUAUGCAAUGAAUGCCUCUCUUGCCAUACAACUUUCACAUGCUUGGAUACGAAGAACAAGGGGAAGCAUAAAACCAAUGGUGCCAAGGAAUGGUACUUGCAAAAUAGAUGAUCAUAUCUUGGUUGACGUCUUAACAAAAGAAACUGUAAAAGGUUUAAAAGAAUUUAGAUGGCCUGGCCGGUACCAGAUUGUUAAGACAGAUUAUGCCGAGUUUUAUUUGGAUGGAGCACACACAAAGGAGUCAAUGGAUAUCUGUGCAAAAUGGUUCACAGAUAGCAACAGAUCUUCUGCUCAAGCACUGAUCUUCAGCGCAACUGGUGAUCGUGAUUCAAAAGUUUUAUUAGAAUCACUGAGAGAUAUAGAUUUUCAUAUAGUAUAUUUUGUUAUACCCAGUUCCUACAAAAAGUUGAGCAAAAAUAAUGACAAUUUUUAUAUGAUGGAACACAAAGAUCUUCUAACGAGAUGUAAGAGUCAAGCCUCUAUAUGGAAGACCAUUAAUGGAAACUCUAUAGUGAAUGUAUAUGAAUGUGUCGCUGAUGCAUUAGAAAGUAUAAAGAAAAUUAAAGCCGACAGUUCCGUUCUUGUUACUGGUUCGUUACAUUUAGUUGGAGCAACACUUUCAAUAAUUGAUCCUAAUCUUAAUAAAGAUUGAUAUUUGAGACUAAGUGUUUGUUAUUAUAUAUUGAGUAUUGUCAAUUAAAAAUGUGAUAUUGUU